GUCUCCGGGUUGCGAGCACUGGGUUUUCAACCAGACACUCGGCUGGAGAGCGGAGAAGCGGCUGUGAAAGAUGUUCCUCAUUCUUCUGAGUGGCAAAGAGGGAUUUCCGUGUCCCCAAGCCCUCCAGUCACUGACCUGACCGUUGUGCUGGAAGCUUAUCAAGAAGGAACAAACACGCCUCCAGAUUCUCUUGAUAGUAAACUGCAAGUGAACUUCAACUCCAAGACAUGUGAAAACAGCCAAGCGCGGGAAUGAUGGUUGAGUGGUUUCAAGUUAGGCAGCCCAGUAGUUUGGAUUGAACAGUACUUCGGCUGCAACAAAUUGUAGUGAUAGAGCAUAUGUUUGUCGUGCUUUGCUUUUGAUCUUCUGCUCCAACGUGAGGAUACUCUCCCAAGGGGGAAAGAAAAAAGGAAUGAGAACAGGGUAGAAGAAAACUGACUUCACCCAUCACUGAAAUAUUUCGUACCUGAAGCACAACCACCUUGAGAGAAGAACAUGGUGGUGCGUCUUCACAGUCACCUGAUUAAGGGGCUUGGAUUUGUUCCUGACUCAGAGGGAAACGCCACCACCAAGAAGCCUCCCCACAACACCUGCCCACUCACAGCCGAGCCCGGGCUCGGCCCCAGUGGACAUAUGAGGAAAGAGGACUGCCAGGGCCACCAAGAGGGCGGGAGGCUGGCUGUUGCCAGGUCCACCCAUGUGGAUCACAAUGGCUGCAUGAGGUCAUGGAAUGUUGAAGAGGUGACAUUAAAGUGGCUCUUAAGUCACAAAGUCGCAGGAGGGUGGGCAUCCUUUUGACAGGGCUCCCGGGAAUAGAGCCAUACCACUCUCCCUGAUGAUCUCAGCAAUUAGCUGCUUCUCCCAGACAGAGUUGGGGUCAAAUCCACGCAUGUCCUCUUCCCACCAAAGCCCACUCUCUCCAGGCUUGCUGGGGAGGAAGAAUAACUACAGCCCCCCUGGGAUUUGUCUGUGUGAGGGCAGGGUGCACGAAGUUUGAGGCAGAAGUGAAUGGACGGGUGUGCUUCUUAGGGAAGCAGCAGAAAGGUGACAAGAAGUGGACAGUGGCCCCCGAGAGGGCCCUGGCACCAUGGACAAUGAUGAACCUCUUGAGCCUGAGACAAAAGAUGAACCUGAAACCGAGCCAGCAGCCCGGAACAGUGACGAGACCGUCUACUGUGAGGCUGAGGCCACUGUGGCUGUAGAAAAAGAGAAGCCAGGCGGGGAGAGCUCAGAAACAGACCUGGAGAUCGAAGAUACGGAGAAACUUUUCACCACCGGACAAAGGGAGCUGUACCUGGAGGCCUGCAAACUGGUGGGUGUAGUGCCCGUCUCCUACUUUAUCCGGAACAUGGAGGAGUCCUACGUGAACCUCAACCACCAUGGGCUGGGACCCAGUGGUACCAAGGCUAUUGCCAUAGCCCUGGUGUCCAACACGAGUGUUGUCACCCUGGAGCUGGCAGACAACUGUAUCAUGGAGGAGGGCACCUUGAGCCUGGUGCAGAUGCUGCAAGAGAACUACUAUCUGCAAGACUUGAAUAUUUCCAACAAUGAUCUUGGCUUGAAGGGGGCCAGCACCAUCUCAGAAUUUCUUCAGAGAAAUACCUCUUCGCUCUUGAACCUCCAGCUUUCAGGAAAUAACUUCAAGGACGAAUCCGCAGAGUUGUUCUGCCAAGCCUUCUCGGCCAAUUACCGAAUUAAGACACUGGAUCUCAGCCACAACGAGUUCUCUGAUAAGGGAGGAGAACACCGGGGCAGAUGCUGGGUGAAUGAUUCCCUCCCUCCUCUAGCCCUCAAUAUAGGACUCCAGUCACUGGAUCUGAGCUGGAAUCAGUUCCAACGGGGAGCUGUGGCCUUGUGCAAUGGUCUCCGGGCUAAUGUAACCCUGCAGAAACUGGAUCUCUCUAUGAACGGCUUUGGGAAUGAGGGGGCUACGGCCCUGGGAGAGGUCCUCAGGCUCAACAACUCCCUGGUCUACAUAGACGUCAGCAGCAAUGACAUCAGCAACGAAGGAGUCAUCAAAAUCAGCAAAGGACUGGAGUUCAAUGAGAGCCUCAAAGUUCUGAAGCUUUUCCUGAACCCUGUGAGUAUGGAUGGGGCUACGUUACUUAUCCUGUCCAUCAAGAGGAACCCCAAAUCCAAGAUGGAGGAGAUUGACAUUUCUAAUGUGCUGGUGUCUGAGCAGUUCGUAAAAAUAUUGGAUGGGGUGUGUGCCAUCCACCCCCAGCUGGACGUGACGUACAAGGCGGUGCAAGGCCUCUCUGCCAAGAAAGAGCUGCUCUUGUGGACAAACCCCAUGAAACUGAUCCAGAGCUAUGCAGACCAGCACCAAAUCACGGUCAUAGACUUCUUCAAGAGCUUGAACCCUAAUGGAAGAAUGAUGAUGUCUGUGGGUGACUUCCGGAAAGCUAUGAUACAGCAGGACAAGGUCCCUAUGAACCCGUACCAAGUCAGGGAGCUGAUAAAGAAGCUGGCUGAGAAAGGCAUGGUGAACUUCAGCUGCUGGUGUCUGGGUGGAACCCUGAAGAUUAUGAAGCCAGGGGGUAUCAAAAAUUGUGGACUAUGUUAUGGAUCAAUAAAAACAGCAAAGUUUUCUCCAGAUGCUUUUAAUGCAUCUCUUGCAUAAAAAUGAAAGGCAGCAAUUUUCUGAUCAAAUGUUAUGUUUUGUUUGGGUAGCUUUGGGGAAAUUAUGGAGAUACAGGGAAGCUAAAAUCCACCCCCUCGCCCCCAAUCCUCCAGGCCAACCCUCAACAUUACCAAUCCCAAGAAAGUGAAGGACGAGAGUCAAAACCUGCCUGCGAUAGUCUGGGAACCUUCCCAAAGUUGGAGUAAUUCCGACUAGUGGCCACUAGGUGUCAGGUCAGCUUCAAAUUCCUGGUGAACACACCGCUUCCAGAUCCUUACAGAACGCUUUGCAGCCUUUGUACUUUCUGUGAUCUCCCAAACUUCUGCCCACCCCCCCCCCAAAAGCCCGACACAUGAAAUCUGAGCCCGGGAGUGUCCAGCAGCCUGACACUUGGGCAAACCUCUCCAACGCUCAAUGUCCUCGUUGUGAAUUGCGGUUUCUAACAGGGAACUUUGCACCCGUACUGUGAGGCAGAAAAUCAGGGGUGGGCGGGUAAAAACUCCGUAAAUAUUCAGUCCCCUCCCCCAGUCAGUCCACCCUGGAGCCCGGCAAAGCCGCAAGAGGAGACAGUGUUUCAUUUGGAUAGGACUGCACGAGGAACUCAUCCUCUAUCAGCUUGCCCAGUCUGGAGGCUGGUGGGCGGGAGCUGCAAGCCCAAGGUGGAGGUAGAGGAAUCUUGCAAAGUAGGAGAGGCCAGCGGGUCAAAAUGACCCAGAGGCAUU